AUGUCGACGGACGAGGUGCUCUCGCUGUUCGAGAAGCACGACGAGCAGUGGGCGAUCGUGCGCUCAGCGCCCAAGCUUCGAUGGGACACCUUCCCGUGGCCAAUCUUCAAGCGCGCGCGUACGCCGGAGGACAUCACGACGAAUGCCGUUGGGGCGUACGUGCUGAGCCCGUUGCACCCGCGCGACCGGGAGAAGAGCAACAAGGACCGGAUCAAGGACCACAUCAAGCGUUGGCAUCCUGACCGGUUCGAAACGCAGCUCCUGCCUAAGGUCAACGAGGAGGAGCAAGAGAAGGUCAAGGAGGGCGCGGGGAGCGUGGCGAGAGCUCUGAGCGAUCUAUUGACGAGGCAGAACUCGUCGUCAAGAGAUUGGAUGGAUUAA